AUGAUCUAUCAAAAAAAAAAAGCUGAAAAAAACUGUAAAGAUACAGAAAAAUUAAUGCGUUUACUUAAAAAAAAACAUCCAGAAAGUGAUUUUUCUAUUAACGUUAAUACAUCAGAGCAUAAGAUUAUUAAUACAGUGAAUAAUAAAGGUUUUACUUCAAAGAAAAAAAAACAAAGAAACUUAACAAAAUCUGAAAAUGAGAUUUUUGAAAGAUUAAUUAAAUCUGAUACAUUGUCACAAGAAGAAACUGAAACAGUAUUAACGGAAAUUCGAACUUUAUCUGAUACUAAACCAGAAGAAUGGGAUUCAAAAAGAAUUCGAGAAAUCUGGCUUAGAAG